CGUACCAGCCAUUAACGACCUCGACUUUACCUCCAAAAUCUCCUAACAGCCUAACAAAUCUCUGCAAUUUCUCUCAGACCUCUGACCUUCCCUCGCCUCUUUUUUAGCUCCAGACCCUUAUACACUCCUAUACUUACAGUUGUGUGUAUCCACAGACACACAGUAUCGUAUCAGAGGGUAUCAGCUCGCAUAUGGGUUGCUCCUCCUCCCUUCCAGAUAGAGGUUCUGGGCGGUUGGUUGGGCCGAAUGGGGAGAACGGUGGAGCUGCAGACGCCAAGAAUCUUCGUGUUAAGCUAGUUUUGCUGGGUGAUUCUGGUGUUGGUAAGAGCUGUAUAGUCCUUCGUUUUGUUCGUGGACAGUUUGAUCCAACAUCCAAGGUGACUGUUGGAGCCUCAUUCUUGUCGCAGACGAUAGCUUUGCAAGAUUCUACAACAGUCAAAUUUGAGAUAUGGGACACUGCUGGCCAAGAAAGGUAUGCUGCACUGGCCCCCCUUUAUUAUCGAGGGGCAGCAGUGGCAGUCAUUGUAUAUGAUAUAACAAGCCCAGACUCUUUCAACAAAGCACAAUAUUGGGUCAAGGAGCUGCAAAAACAUGGAACCCCUGAUAUUGUCUUGGCCUUGGUUGGUAACAAAGCUGAUCUUCAGGAGAAACGUGAAGUUUCUGUUCAAGAUGGUAUGGAUUAUGCAGAAAAGAAUGGGAUGUUCUUUAUCGAGACAUCUGCAAAGACAGCAGAUAAUAUUAAUCAGCUGUUUGAGGAAAUUGCUAAGCGUCUACCCCGUCCAGCUUUAUCAUCAUCGGCAUCAUCACAGAACCCAUGAAGCUGAUUAAUUUGAAGAAGAAAAAGUUUGUUGGUGCUGUGGAAAUGUAUGGUUACCGUUCUGUAAUUUCAAAAUUUGUGUAUAUUGUGAAAUAGUCGGUAGCUUUUAAUUUCCAGUGGUUUCUGUUGGAAUUUUAGUAUUACAAUAAUUUGCAUUGGUGACUCCUGACCGCACUAGGUCUCCCGAUAAUUACGUGGUUUGAGUA